AUGGCUGAGUUCUUCGGCGGUGUGUAUCCUCCAAUCGUCGUUGUUCUGUUCUGUACAGUUCUGGUUGGGCCUCUUCUGCUUUUAAACAUGCACCAGUUGUACUGGUUCCUCACCCAUGUCGAAGUUGUCGGGGACCGGAAUAAUGAUGACGGUGAUGGUAGUGUUGAUGGCGAUGACAAUAAUGAGGACCGUAUCUAUCGGAGACAGUGA